AUGCUCCAAGGGAUGGGUUCCACGGAUCAAGACUUCGGCGAGUUCUCGUUCCACGAUGAUGGAGUUGACCCAUAUUUCAACGCAUCAAGCAACGCGGGCGUAUGGAACCAGACUGUCCAAGACCUGGGAGGAGAACAAGACUUGGUGCACGCAUUCAACCAUUCCAGCGUGCCAGCUGUGUCAGACAGCAAUUGGCAUGAGCGGGACGUGGCACGGUCCACAUCGACAAGAAUAAAUACCCUCGCUUACGAUCAGACCACACCGACAAGGCCGACUGCGUAUGCACAUGUCCACGAUGCUACACCGCCGACGACUGCAGCAGCGUACGCGGCCAGUCACACCACGGCACCAACAACGACUUCGGCUACGUAUACGCCCAUCUACGAAACGGCACCAUUGGCGUACGCGGGUAUCUACACUCAGACAGCACCAGCGACUGCGAAUGCAUAUGCACCUCUACAGGGCACGGCACCACGGAUGGCAGCGACUGCAUAUGCGCCCGGCUACACCACAGGACUGCCUGUACAGGCUGCACCAUGUGACUCGCAAGCUUAUCAGUGCCUACCAUCGCCAAGCCCGACUUCGAAUGGGUCUUCCACUGUACAGACGGCGUUGCCAUACUACUCGGCGACGAACGCACACCCAUACUUUGUGAAUACCUUCGACACCCGGCCCCAGCGACUGGAGCGCCAGGAACCGAGAUAUCGCCUGCAGAUAGUGCAACAUCCCCAGAACUCCAGAUCUAAUGCAGUCAAGAUCAAGCACCAGAAAGCGUUGGAUGCGAUGUCCACAUCAGAUCUCGAGAACGAGUCCAAUAAAAGACAGCCAAGAAACAUCAGAGGCAACUGCUACCUUAAUCCUGUACCAAUCGUUGAGGUCUUGUGCUCCAACGACGGUUCGGAACAGUGGUGCCCCUUUGCAGGAAAUAGUCACAUGACUGUUCGUGCCGAGUUGUUCAGACGCGACGGCACGAAAGCUGUGCAUCAGUCGGGCUUGACGGGACCGGCAUGUGCCCAUGGGGAAACUACGAAACUGCGGGGCGAAAGAGCGUAUCGGACUUUCCACACGUUCAAAGACCUUGAGGUUGAGCCCCAAGGGACAUUUUUCCUGCGGUUCACGCUGUGCGAAGAGCGACUGGAAUAUGAGCCCGUAGGCACUUCGGAAGAAUACGACUCACGGCUGAAAUUGGUCAAACUAGCAGACGCUUGCUCUACUGAGUUCACAGUAUACAAACCUAGUGCGUCACUGGCUACCGCCGCGCCUCAGCUGAUCGCGCAAACGCUGCAGGAUUGCGGGAUCAAGACCAAAGUCAAGAGGAAGCCUGUCAAGAAGCAGAAACAGAGCUUUUCGAUUGCCACUCGAAUCAGCCCAGAAUUUGGUGGCCAGCCAAUAGAUGAGGGACACGACGGGGACUUGACUCAGGAACUCGAUGGGGACGGACGGUGUGCGGGACUCACAUUUCCUUCGUUCGCAGCGCUAAUGGCUCCAGAAAACAAAACCAAGAAGAAACGGAAACCGAAGAAGAAAGCCACUGCCACCCCUAUAAAUGAUGCCGAGGGGUCGAUCGAGAAUGGCAAAGACAACGAUGUCGCGCCUGCCGAGCUUGCUGACGCGCAGUCCGGGGAAUCAGACAUCGAGACUCAGGCAGAAGAUGCCCCAACUGGUGACGCGAAGCACAGCCCUGUGACGGAAGUCACUAACGGCGUCGGCGAUGUCCAGCUCGAAAACGAUGUCACAACACGCUUCGAUGCCCUCGUGGAAGAGCGAGAUGCCCUUCGGAAUGAAGUCACGCAAUUAAGAAAGUCCUUAGAGGACUUGCAAGCAAACCAUACGAGCCAACUGACUGACGUUCAGACGCAGCUGGAGGAAAGCCAGGCUGAGAAAGAGAAUGCCGAAGAGCAAUAUCAGAACUUACUGGGCAAGGUCAACACCAUACGAUCUCAGCUGGCCGAGCGCAUGAAGAACGAUGCCGAGGAUCUAGCCCAAGCUCGUGUACAGAUCGAAGAGCUUGAGGAACAGAAGGCCGGUUUGCAAGAGCAAUGUACCGCGAAGGCUGCAGAAAUGGAUACGCUUCGGACAUCUGUGCAGGAACAGUCGAAGGAGCUGUCUAGUCUACGGAAUCGAUCUACGCUCUCACAGCAGAAUUGGGUCAAGGAGAGGGAGGAAUUGCUCGAAUCUGAGGCGUAUAUGAGAGAAGAGUACGAGAACGCGAAACAGGCAAUGCACGACUGGGAGGUGCUGGCUAUGGAAGAGCGCACGAUUCGAAAAGACCUCAGCGAUCGAGUCAAGGACUUGGAAGAACAAUUGGAGAACGUCAAAGACGGUUAUCAGAGAGCGAAGGAGGAGCGCGACACGAAUUCGAGUGCCGUAGAAGGCCUGCAGAAGGCAUUGCAGGAGAUCCAGACGGUCAGAAAGACUGAGCUGAAGGAAGUCGUUGAAAGCUCGCAAGCCGAGGUUUCUGAACUUCGUGAUAGCAUACACACGUUGCAGACCGAGUUAGACACGACCCGCACCGACCUGGCAUCAACGAAAGGUGAACUGGAGCGCACAUUGCCGUUUGAGAAAGAAGUCAAGGAGAAGAAUCUGCUCAUUGGCAAGUUGAGGCAUGAAGCAGUUAACCUCAAUGACCACUUGACCAAGGCUUUGCGUUUCUUAAAGAAAGGGAAACCAGAGGACAACGUCGACCGACAAAUCGUGACGACGUAUUUCAUGCAGUUUCUGGCUUUGGACCGGUCCGAUCCCAAGAAGUUCCAAAUUCUACAGCUCAUAGCAGCCUUGCUUGGGUGGAGUGAUGACCAGAAGGAACAAGCAGGGCUCUCAAGACCAGGCAGCAAUACCGGAAUACUCGGAGGCGGGCGAGGGCUCACAAUAAACAGUCCCAUCCAUCGAACUCCCAGCACUCCCGCACUGUCCCACGAUUAUUUCCCAGAUCCAGGAAGUGCUAUCAGUCCUGCCAGCAAAGAGACUCUGGGAGAGCUUUGGCAGAAUUUCCUGGAGCAAGAGGCGAAUGCUGCAGCGACAGGCAGCAAAUCUCGCACGGCAAGCUACAGUGCUGCCCCGAAUCCGCCCAAGUGA